AUGACCGUAGAGGAUAGCGUCGACUCUGAGCCACCUCCUCCCUCCGCUGGAGGAGGCGGCGAAAACACGGGCAGGGAGCAAGGCACAGUCAAAGACCUGCAAUCCUCUGCAGGGGAGGGCGUGGAGAUCCAAGAAAGUGGCGAGGGAGUCACCUUACAAGAGCAGGGGACAGUGAGUCUGGCAGGGAAGGAAGAAGCAGGCGGCGGAGGGGAAGGGGGAGAAGAGACGAGGCUGUUGGAAGCAGCUACGGAGGAGCAAGGAGGCGGAUCGGGGAGCGCUGCAGUAGCGUAUGCUGUCGUAGAGCAAGCAGAGGGUGAGGAUGGUGGUGGAGAAAGUGGAGGAUCACAUGGUAAGGACGCCAAGCAGGCGGACGAGCUGGAGCAGAUAGCAGUGGCGGGUGCGGGGAGUGAGGUGAAGGUCGAAGCAAUGAAGGAGGAGGGAGCUGAACGGGCAGAUGAAGGAACAGGAGUGGGGGAGCAACAUGGCGACGACGAUCGAGGGGCCGAGAUAGAGGCAGGGUCUUCAUCCCCUUCUGGGAAGGUUGAGGACGGGGAGGAAGGUGUUCAGCGGGCCUCGUCCAUGGAGCAAGCUAUCAGUGACGUCAACGACGAGUCAACGGAAGAUGUUACGCAGCACGCGCUGGGCGACUUCAUGGCGCUACUCGAGAUGGCAGCGGACGAGAUCGACCGCAAGGAGGUGGAGGAGGGUCGGGAUGAGGAGGCGCCGGUUGAUUUACACCUGGUGAAGAGUCUACUGCCUCCCAACGUGUCGCCGCAGGUCCUUUCGCGCGCCUCCUUCGCUGCUCAUCGCUGCGAGGAGAAAAUGCUGGAGGUGGCGAGGAAGGCGUGCCUCUCAGUGCAGCGAGAGGUCGACCUCCUCCGCCAGUGUCUCUCCGCCAUGUCCUCCCUCCUCGUCCAGUGCGGCAUCCGAGCAGACACAGGGGAGGCUCCUGAGGGGGCGGGUAAGCCGCUGCCGGCCACGAGGAGGUCGAUAGCGGAGGAGGCGGGGGCGAGGAUUUCGGUUCCCAUGUGGAGGGAGGAGGCAAGGAGGCGAGCGAUGAGGAGGACGUCGAGCCGCUUGCUGGAAGUGAAGAUCUCGGAGAGAGCGCGACUUAUGCAGGCCCUGCUCGCAGCGCGCAAGGAUGUGUCGAUGGUGGACCCGAGGGAGCUGUCACGGAGGAUUCCCAAAGCUCAGCUGCAAGAGCUGAUCCAACUCUCCCGCCGGCUCCUCGUCGACGCCGAAAAGUCUUCUGCUGACCUCUCCUCCUCCUCCCUCCCUCCCCCGAUCGACCUGCGAGCUGUACGCCCCAAGGAGCACGACGACGCCGUUCCGUCUGCGCGCAGCUCCUCGGAGGCUCCGAGUGGAGGCAGGAGCGGGAGGAUGGAGAGAUUUUCCUCUUCCCAGCUGUGGGUAGUGCAGCGGAUAGGAGGGAACGUGCUGAAUGUGAGAGCAAGGCCACAACUAGGCUCGAAGAAGGUGGGGGAGUGCAGGGAGGGAGACAUACUGGAGGUGGAAGGAGUCGAGGGCGACUGGGUGAAACUCUCCCCGGACAACGACGUCUUCGUGUCUGGAGGAGGAGCAGAAGCAGGAGGGGGAGGGGGAGGUUGGGUCCUGCACUUUCACAGGAGGCUCAAGAUGGUCCUGGUGGCGCCCAUGCUGCGCAAAGACUCGAUGGAGAAUCGCAAGCUGCUUGAUAGCUCGCAGAUGCCGAGUUCUAGGAGCAGACAGUCAAUCCCGGAGCAGGAGGAAGCGCCGAGCCUGCAGCAGCUGAGUGCCGAUCAUGUCACGGGGAAGCGGACAGAGAGGAUACAGAGGCUGCCGUCUGAGCUUUCGAGCAACGUGAGCUUCAGUAAGAGGAAGGCGAUGAGGCUUCGAGCAUGGGAGGAGGAGAAGCUGCAGGAGGAGGAAGAGAACCUGCGCAAGCAGCUUGAGAAGGAGCUGCUGAGAGAGAAGAGGAAGCAGUACAGCGCCAUCACCGACGCGAUCAGAAAGAAGACGGAGAUCAAGAGGAGGAAGGAGGAGCCCGAGCCCGACAAGGUUGAGGAGCAGGAGGAGCUGAGCAGGAUCGAGCUGGAGAGCAGCAGGGACGCGUACUCCAACCACCUGCUGGAACCAUCGGAGUUCUUCCAGCAGCAGAGGAGGAUGAUUGAGCUGAGGAGGGAGCAGAGGGACCGGCGGGCAAAGCAGCAGGAGCUGGAGAUGAUUAGGGUGGAGGAGAUGAAAAAGAAGCUCGAGAUGCAAGAGGAGAUGGCGAGGCAGCAGAAGCAGAUAUGGUUGAAGCAGAAGGCGGAGCAGGCGGAGCAGAGGAGACUGCAGAUCCAUUUACGUGCCGAGGAGAGGAAGCAGAUGCUGGACCAGAUGAGGCAACAUGAACAGCGCUACAUCCAGCACAUCCGAGAGAUGCGCGGUGUUGUCUCCUACCCUCUUGAGGACGCAGAGCCAAUACAGGAUCAUGUAGAGCACAAAGUGGUGAACCUGAAGCCCAUGGUGCUCGAGUCGCAAGUGAAGAGAGAGGAGGAGAAGCAAGCCGUGCUAGACAAGGUGGCGAGAGGACGAGGGUAUGCAGAAAAGGUCAAGAGGAAGCUGAAGCUCAAAAGCAAGCCCGUGGUGAGGUACCUCGAGGAGAUGCAUCGGGUCUUCAAGGUGUCUCAUCCUCGAGCCCUCGCCUCCCUCUCCGACCAGCAGCUCAACAUGCUCAACAUGAAGCCGGCAGAAAAGAAGCGACUCAGACUCGUCCUCGUCCAACACGGCCUCGUCUCUCCUCCUCCUGCUCCUCCCUCCCUCCCUCCUCCUCCCUCCCGACCCCGGAAGCCUGCGUCCAAGGUCUGGAAGUCCGCUCCUCCCAGUGGCGGAGGAGGAGAGGAGGAGGGCUCCGGGAGUGCGAGAGCGCAAAAGUACAAGGGCAGGCAGGCAGGCAGGCCGUCGCGGAGCAGCUCAGAUCGAGGUGGGGAGGAGGGGGAGGGAGGACAGGGAGAGGGAGGAGGAAGAGGAAAGGGGCGGAAAGGAGAAGGAGGAGGCGAUGGUGCUUCUGCUGCUAGGAAUACGAGGACGCAGGUAGAGGGAAAGAGCCGGAAGAGGACCAAGGACAAGGACAAGGACAAGGACGACAAGCAGGAGGAUCAGGAGCGGGGGAAUCAAGCUAAGGAGAUGACAACUAUUAAUGAGGAGAGCAUGGUUUCGAAGAAGGCCCAGCAGGAGCAGGAGCAGGAGCAGGAGCAGGAGCAGGAGCAGGAGCAGGAGCAGGAGCUCCCAGCAAAGCUCUCCCCUCGCUCCUCCGCCACGGAUCAUUCCAAUGUGGAUGCUUAUGAGCAUGACUUGGCUGAGUCAGAGGACGAGCAGGACAAGAACGAAGGGAGGAUAGACAAGGAGGAGGAGGAGAAGGAGGACAAGACGGAAUGGGAGGAAGCAGGAUUGAAACACCGUCAAGAGAAAUCGAAGGAACAAGCGGCGCAAGAGGAGGAGAAGCACUCCCCAUCCCCCAACCACUUGAAGGAGGAGGGAGAAUACAUCGGGGAAGAGGAAUUUGAGGAGGACGAGGAUGAGGAUCAAGAUGAUUAUGUAGAGGAGAAACCAAAAGAGGAGGCGAAGGAGGAGGAGAAGGAGGAGGAGGAGGAGGAGGAGGAGGAGGAGGAGGAGGAGGAGGAAGGAAAGGAGGAGAAUCAUACUUGGCGCAAGCUGCGGAACAAGGAGAACACAGAGGAGCCAGUCAACAUGGCAAUGAGCACGCAAAAAGAUCAGGACGAGGACGAGGACGAGGACGAGGAAGAAGAGGAAGAGGUGAGAUCUCCUUUGCGACUGCUGUCGUGUGACUUGCCUCUAGGAGGAUGUGCUAGACCUGCUUGA